CGAGUUUCCCUGAAUAAAGUUAUCCGUAUAAAUACGCUUUCAAUUUCGUCUUAGCGGAAUAUUUGUUUGUGUUGUGAACUCUCAAAGUUGUAUGUAACCAUUUUCUUAGCAUUAUUAAUUUUGUGAAGAAAACUUCAUUGAAUAACAUCAGUUUAAUGUUAACAUUCUGCGGAAGACGAGAUAUGAUCAAGUCAUUGUCCGAUAAUUUAUCCAAAUUGGGAUUGACUAAAAGAUCUUCAACUGAUUCUUCAGUAAAUGGAUGUGUUGAGCGAAAGAAAUUGACCUUACUACAUGAUGUUGACAUUCCAUAUGAAAAGGCUACAUUUGGAAUGGGGUGUUUUUGGGGCGCCGAUUCUCUUUAUGGAGGUACCAAAGGAAUUUUGAGAACUCGUGUCGGAUAUUGUGGUGGCACAAAACUAAACCCUGUCUACAGAAAUCUUGGCGAUCAUACUGAGGCUAUUGAUAUUGACUAUGAUCCUAAAACGAUAAGCUAUCUCGAGAUUCUCAAUCUUUUCUGGAAUAAUCACGAGUACGGAUUGACAACAAAAAUAAAGAAACAAUACGCUUCAAUAAUUUUUUAUCACAGCGAAGAUCAGAAAAGGAUUGCUGAAGAAAGUCGAGUUCAUGAACAAAAAAUUCGUUCAAAUGAAAAAAUUAUUACAACUAUUGUAGAGGCUGGGGAAUUUCAUUCAGCAGAAGACUAUCACCAAAAAUUUCGACUACAAAAUCACAAAGAUUUAGCGAAAACCUUAGGACUAAAUUCUAGACUUUUGCUUACAUCACAUGUUGCUGCACGUUUGAACGGAUAUGUUGCUGGAAUUGGAAGUGUGGAGCAAUUUGAAGAAGAAGCUGCUGCACUUGGAUUGAAUGAGAAACAGAAGAAAUAUACAUUGGAACACUUGAUCGAAAAUGAAGGAGGUUUACUUUAUUGCUGAAAAUGUUCAACACAAAGGCAGCUGCGACGUCGUAUUUUUGUUAAAAUUUAGACGAAAACUUAUUUUUUAUUUAUGCCUAUUCAAAAUAGUAAUUAUUUUAUUUAAUAAAUUUAUUAUAACUUUAUAAAUUAUUGAAAAUUUUGAAUGAAAUAACAACGAUUAAAAGUAUUUAAUAACAUUAUUAAUAAAACUGCCUUUCAUAGAUA